UAACAAUCAAAACCAUGCACUCCGCAGGCCUCGACCUCGGUGUGUCGGGUGAACACGAUACCUAUCAUUUUGUCGUGGAAUUCAGGGCCAGCGGAUCGUGUCUUACAAAGGUCAUUGGGGCGCUCGAAGUCCGGAUAUAGGUCGUGGGGAGACGGGAUACCCGAGCGGCGCCAUACAGCAAGGUCUGACGUCAGAUCCAAUUCACUCCCUCUCAUAUAAAUCCCCCCCAAGGCAUACGCCAUCUUCCCUCUGCUUCGAAAAUCCUGUUCGAUUAUGUUCUGGUUCCACCGCAAAAGCACGCCAGAAACUGGAUAUUCGGCACCACCCAGAAUGCCACGUGAAUUAGAACGGUACAUUGUCGAGAUGUACGCACUUGAGUCCGCCGGCCCAGAAAGGAUUCUGCAAUUGCUUCCUGUCUGCCAUCGAGUGCGAGUCUGGCUAGAACCUGCGCUCUACCGCACGCUCAUAUUGAACGACGGAGCGGAUGAGCAGAAACUCCCCUCCUGCCAAAUGGAUGCGAUCGAGCGCCUGUCGUCUGAUCAUCCGGGCGCCCUGCAAGCUAUUGUCAGAAACGUCAUGCUAAUUGGGGAGACGCGGGACACUGUGGAGCGCGUGCUAAGGAGCUGCAAUAGUGCGGAGAACGUAUUUCUCGCUGGAUGCGCCACUGGCGGCCUUGAUCUGUCUCUGCUUUCUCCGUCUCUUCAACGACUGCACUGCACUGCGGAGACCCUGGACCUGCUAAACUGGAAACCUGGAGGAUAUACCAUCGCGUCAUUGACUCAUCUCGAGCUCUUCACUCUCGGAAAUAAAUUCGAGAGACCGGUAUCUUAUGCACUUCUCCGCCUUCUGGACAGGCAGCACUUUCCAAAUCUGGCGCAUCUUGCCUUCAGCGCCACAUCUGUCAUCCGCUCCCUGCCCGAAAUCCUGCCACGAUUACGAAACCUGAAGAGCCUCGUCAUCGUCAGCGCUUACCGCCUAGUCUCGUCGACUCCUCUCUCGGAAGAGGACCGGAGAAUCUUGAUGGAGCAUGAGCGCCUUGUUCUUGUCUCUGUGCCCGACUACACUGAAGACUGGCAAGAUGGGGUGCUGAGCGGAAACGACUACUGGGCGAGGGCCGAACGCAGAAUUUCAAAUCGAUUAUCCGGCGUCGUUGACGCCACUCACUAUGCCGUCAACUUCGACGAACUAGAAUGAGAUGAUUCUCCCCGAUGAUAACAUGAACUUCAAUGUACAGUACAGUGUGUUGCUAUAGAUGCAAUGACGUUUCAAAUAUGAAACUAAAUCCAAUUGGACACGCGAUUCAUUGAACAAAGAUCAGCUUGGCAAUGCACGGCGUUUCUUACGUGAGAUGAGACAUCCGUCAUUGGUAGUCCUCAACUCAUUUCCAUGUUUGAUACUUGUUCAAAAAAU